AUGGGCGAUUCGUUUGACGGGUCUCGACAUUCUGGCGAGAGCUUCACUGCGCCGUCUCCGAGUAUUGUAUCCACAACCUUACAAACUGCAGUUCUAGGCCCCACUGUCAUAGCAAACUUGAUUGGUAACAUCUGUGUUUGCCUGGCCAUUUGGCGCGUGACAAGCCUCCGUCAAAAACCAGGCAGUUCUGUUCUGGCCAGCUUAGCAAUAUCUGACUUCUCCUGGCUGUCGUUUCUUCUCUUUCGCUUGAUCUGGCUCUACGACUUUGAGGCUGUGUACAAAAUGUGCGAGCACUUCUCCACCUUGUCUCAUAUCACUCUGUUCGAUGCGAUUCCUUUUGCGGUGCUGAUAUUCGUCUUCGGUCACAUCGCUAAGAUCUCUUGGUUUCAGAGCAACCGAGUUGAGCCUGGCGAAAACCUGAAUCCUGAGACGGCUGACAUGAGAAGAAGGAAGAGGAAAGAGAUGAAAUGGAUGAAGACAAUAGUAAUGGUGAUUGGAGCGUUUGUGUUUUGCUAUGUCCCAGCGGUGUUCUUUGUCCUGCUCACCGUCACACUCGGUCCCAGUGGAGUACCCGAUGCAAUCCGCUCUGCACUUAUUGUGAUGUUGGGAGUAAACAGCGCUCUAAACCCGAUCAUUUACAUACUCAGGUCGAACGAGUUCAAGUGCGCCUUCAGAAACCUUUUCAGAGGUAUUUCGGUUGAGUCCAGCCGCGCCGCUACCACGCGUAUUGGUGUGACCCGCCUGGAUGCAACCACGUGCGGAGUGCGACAUGAUCUACCAUCGUUUAUCAGUGUCCCAGUUGUGAGUGUGCCGCCCGUAGAAGCACGUAGACCACGACUGGAUUCGUAG